AUUUUUUUCUCUUUGAUCCCAAGCAAAAAUAUUUGUGGGUUUCACAUGCAUUAAAGUGUCAAAUUCUUUUGGGUUUGUUCAUUAAUUUAUAUUUGAAAAGCCUGGGGAGCACCAUUUUCAAGUUGAGAGCAGCAAUGUGUCCGAAGCUAGCACUUUUGUUGGUUGUUGUCCUACAUAACUAUGCCAUUCCAAGCUUCGGAUCCGACCCCGAUCCGGUUCUAGACUUUUGUAUUCCCGCCGCAGGGAUUGCAGGAUGCAAGAAUUCGUCGGCUGCCUCGGUCGACGAUUUCGUGUUUACCGGCAUAAAGUCCCCGGGGAAAUUCGGUGAAACAGGCUUAGCAGCUCAGCCAGUGAAUGUCAACGUCUUCCCGGGAUUGAAUACGCUAGGCAUGUCGUUCGUCCGAGCCGAUUUCGAAGUCGGCGGCAUCAACGUGCCGCAUUUCCAUCCGAGAGCGACAGAGAUCGCAUUCGUUCUUGAAGGAAGAAUCUAUUCCGGAUUCGUCGAUACCGAGAACCGGAUCUUCGCUAAGGUGAUUGAGAAAGGUGAAGUCAUGGUGUUUCCAAGGGGACUGCUGCACUUUCAAAUGAAUGUCGGAGAUAAGCCUGCAACCAUCUUGGGGAGCUUUGACAGCCAAAAUCCGGGUUCGGUCCGAAUACCAAACGCGGUAUUCGGUGCCGGGAUCGAAGGAAAGCUUCUGGAGAAGGCCUUUGGAUUGAAUUCCAAGGAGAUUGGCAAGCUGAAGAGGAAGUUUGCACCUCACUAGUUGCCAUAUUGUCAUUUUGCCAAUUGAUGCUAAAAUAAUUGUCAUAUUGUCUCUACUCUUGUAAGAGAACUUUUG